UUAAUUUAUUUUAAGAAAAGUAAGUCCAGGUGUGUAUUUCCAAUAAAUUAAUUUGUAUGUAAGUAGCACAUCUUCAUGGGUGAGUUGUAAAGAAUUUAGGGCAAAAUUCUUACUUUAAUGAAUGUUUUUAAAAAUUCAAACACAAAUAAUACUCUAACUUCCCAUGGCCAUUUAAAACUUUUUAAAAAAUAUCUCUAUGUAAAGAAAAAGUAGAGGAGAUGGUGCUUUGUAAAUAAGUCCACAGAGUAUAGUGUAAGCUGAGAAGUAGUGGAAUGUUAACCUCACAUCCCAUUGGUUGAGAGUAUUUAUCCAGAUGUUUAGAUUUUGCAUAAAAGAAAGGAGCUACAGAAGCUGGUCCCCAUUUGAUGGUGAGAGGUACUAGCAAAGACAAUGGAAAGGAUCAUGACAAGGAUAUUUUUUCUUUUUCUUUUGAGUCUUCUAGCAACUUGUGUUGUGCAUGGAAUUUUUAUGGACAAACUUGCUACCAAGAAGCUCUGUGCUGAUGAAGAAUGUGUCUAUACGAUUUCUCUUGCUAAAGCUCAAGAUGAUUAUAAUGCCCCCGACUGUAGGUUCAUUAACAUUAAAAAGGGGCAGCAGAUCUAUGUUUAUUCAAAACUAGUGAAGGAAAAUGAAGCUGGAGAAUUUUGGGCUGGAAGUGUAUAUGGUGAGCAUUAUGAGGAAGAAAUGGGAAUUGUAGGGUAUUUCCCCAGCAAUUUGGUCCAAGAGCAACAUGUCUACCAAGAGGCAACCAAAGAAAUUCCUACAACGGACAUUGACUUCUUCUGCGAGUAG